CCACUUAAAGUCGUGAAAAUUAGGCAAUAUUAUUUCUACAAAGAAAAAAAAAAGAAAAGAAAAGAAGAUGCAUUGAAUGAUCAUAAAUAAUUCAAUAAAAUUCAGGAAGAAACAAACAUCAAAAGAGAGCUUAUAUGUUACAACACAAUCAGUUGAAAUUCGCAUUGAUUUAGCAACCCUUGAAAAACAGCUUAGAAUUCCACGACAAAAACAUGGGAGCUUCGAUCGUAGCUAUAUUUUUCCUCGUCGUCGCCGUCGUCCACGUGUACGCCUCCGAGAGGCCCGAUGAUAUCUACCGCAAGAGCCUUCGCCUGCACCAAAUGCAGGGAAUCAAAGCCGCAUUUCCCAAACGCGACUAUUCGUCUAUGGAGAUGCGUAGUAGUCUUCAAGGAGCGGCGCCUCCGCCACCUUCGGGGCCUAUUGUGUAUCACGUGACAAGUUAUGGGGCGGAUCCGACGGGCCGGAACGACAGCACGGACGCUGUGCUCAAGGCGAUCACGGACGCCCUCAACGGCACUGGGAAAGGGGACUUGUUUGAGGGCAUCGUCAAUCUUGGAGGAGCUCGUGUUGAUCUCGAUGGUGGAAAUUAUUUGAUUAGUCGCCCCCUCUUGUUUCCCGUUUCAGGCAGAGGGAACUUAGCUAUUCACGGGGGCUCACUCACGGCAUCAAACAACUUCUCAAACGACGGCUAUUUACUCGACCUAUCAUCUCCCUCAAAUUCCACAUACAACUACGAGUUCAUAACCCUACGCGACCUCCUCCUCGACUCCAACUACCGAGGCGGCGGAAUCCGGAUAACAAACUCCCUCCGCACAACCAUCGACAACUGCUACGUCACUCGCUUCAACACCACCGGGAUCCUCGUCCAGGGCGGCCACGAGACCUACAUCCGCACCUCCUACCUCGGCCAGCACGUCACCGCCGGCGGCGACUCCGGCGAGCGGUCCUUCUCCGGCACGGCGAUCAUCCUCGCCGGAAACGACAACACCGUCUCCGACGUCGUGAUCUUCUCCGCGCAGACCGGGAUCCUCGUCACCGGCCAGGCGAACCUCAUCUCCGGCGUCCACUGCUACAACAAGGCCGCCGGAUUCGGCGGCGUCGGGAUCCACCUCCGCCUCCCCGGCCUCACGCAGACGCGGAUCGUCGAUUCGUACAUGGAUUACACCGGAAUCGUCGCCGAGGAUCCGGUGCAGCUCACCGUCGCCAACACCUUCUUCCUCGGCGAUGCCUUUAUUCUGUUUAAAUCGGUGAAAGGAGUGAUGAGCGGCGUGAAUGUCGUCGAUAAUAUGUUCGCCGGCGGCGAUAGGGGGAUCGAGAUCGUGCAAUUGGAGGGGAAUUUCGGGGAAGUGGAUCAGGUGGCGGUGGAUCGGAACGCGGUGAAGGGGAUGGCGGUGAAGACGACGGUGGCGAGGGCGAGCGUGGAGGGCGAGGGGCCGUCGUGGACGGCGGAUUUGGGGGCGGCGCUGAUUUUCCCCAAUUUGAUUAAGCAGGUGCAGUAUACGUUUAUCAGCGAUGCGGCGUCGUUUCCGAGGCAUUUUGUGAGGAAUGUUUCGGAUAAUAAAGUUGUGAUUCAGUCCGACGUGGCGGUGCCGGCGAGGGUCUACGUCACGGCGGAUCAAGGCGGUAUACCGAACUGCGGUACGACAUACAAAUCGGAACAGAGCAGCGGCAGAGUGUUUUACCCUAUCGGCUACGGCGCGGACCCCACCGGGGCGCAAGAUAGCUCCGCCGCCGCGAAGCUACAAAAUGGGGUGAAUUUGUUGCCCGGAAUCAGCGAUUUGGGCGGCGCAGUUAUUGAUUUACAAGGCGACAGCUUCCUCAUUAACACUCCUAUCAGAUUCCCACUAGCCAUUGGCAAUAUUGUUUACUGUUAA